AGUAAACAAGAGAGUGUUCACGAUGGCCUUUACGUAUCGUGUGCUGUUAAAACCUAGUGAUAUUUGCUUUAAACAGAAGCUACUGCCUUCUUCAUUCGAUGACGGAAUUCCUCUGCGAGAAACGCUGCAGCAACUUGCAAACGAAGAAGUUCUAAUCGAAGACCUGCCAAGCAUUGAUGUUGUUUGGUGUCACAAACAAUGGGUUUGGUACACGCUAAACAACCGCAGAUUGUGGGUAUUUCGCGAGCUAGAAAAGCUCAAAAAGUGUCGGUAUAUUGCGACGAGACGUGUCGAAAACAUCGAGCAUGUGACUGACUUUCCUUUAUACGGUUCUGCAGAGUUGAUUGGCGAGAGCAAUAUUGUUGAGUGGGACGAAGAUGGCUGCAGAAUAACCCUUUUCAAUAGCGGUGCGAAAAAAGAUGCAAGCUCUAAAGUUAAAACUGCCGACGACAAGCUAAAGAAGGAGGCUCAAAAUGGUACAAUACGGCGGGAUUGGCGGGAGCUCACUCCGUUGUCCGUAACAGUGCGUUGGAAAGAACCGACCAAAAGCGGCGAUGACGAGCAAAGAGUUGUCACGCCUGACCCAGGUGUGAAGUCAGAUAAACAAGCUGUUCCUGAAAAAGGUACCCAAUGUAAUGAAAGUCCAAGAGAGCGUAAAGAUUCUGGCUAUUCUGGCUCAUCAAGUGGUCGUACUUCGCCUAAGACUAUUACUAUCAGCGAUGACGAGACAGAAUACGAAACUGUAUUCAGCGAGACAGAAUUUUCCCAGACCCAGGAGAGAAAAUCCAGCAGCCGUUUCAGUAGGUUCCGACGUGAUCGGACUUCGUUUCCGUCAAAAGAUUCUUCUCCUUCAAGCAAGAAAGCCUCUCCAUUGCGUUCGGCAAAUUCUCGCCGCUUUUCUCCACCACGUUCAAGUAGAACUCGGACCUCUCCAGCAAACUGUCGUUUGGGAAGAACCAGAUGUAGACGACGUGAAAGAGUGUGUCGUCCGCCAGCCAGAGAUGCUUUGAGAGCAUUGAUGUCCCGUCGCAGAGGACGGCACGACGAAUUGAUGUUCUUAUUACAUCACGGAGGAAAGUCGAGAUUGGAGCAACUUGCAAUGAAGACCGAGCUGAUGAAUACCUGUGGCUUUUGCUUCAAAAGUUUCAAAGCUGGAGUUAGUCUCUCGCAGCACAUUGAAGAGCUCAAACAUUGGGCAUGUACUCGUUGUGGAAAGUAUUUUGAGAGCUAUACUGCACUGGGACAGCAUAAAUUGGCUCUUGAUCAUUGUAACGUUUAUUAAAGUGAAACAAGUCGCUAAUCCUUCACUGGCUUGAUGUUGCAAGUCUUUGGAAUGUUUUUAUGUUCUGCCACAAUUUAAAAUGACGGCGUUGUUGUUUUGUUGAAUUGUACCGUUUGUACAAAGUACGAACUGUAUAAAAUGUACAUUCGAAAACAGUAUGAUACUACCUGAAAGUAUUUGGAAUGUUAUGUGCUGCCAAAAUUGUAAAAUGGACGGCUUUGUUCUGUUUAAUUAUUCGGGGCGAGAUCCGGAGUACGGACUGUAAAUUUACAUUCCUUUGUAAAAUGUAAAUAAUGUACUUUAUAAAAUGUUUUGUUUAGUUGUGAAAUUAAUAUCUUGAGUGAGCU